ACCGCGAAAGAGCUCACUACCAAGGAGGCGUUCACCGUACAAGUGAGCCACCGGUGGAUGGAGGAGAGGUGCGUGUUCUUCCGUUCUCAACAUUACUCCAACACAUGACAACGACAAGGAUUGAGUCGGCGGCGCAGAUUAAUUAUUACGUAAGGCACCGGACUACAGUAGCAUGCAGCCCCGUGCUCUCAUAUGAGCUGGAAACUAAUCCUCUAAUGUAGUCAUAGUAGAAUUGUAGGCGAAUGUAUGUCGUUGGAGACUCAUUGAAUAGACUUUAUAACAAGCAAAGGCAAGUUUGUAAGUAUGUUCUACCGAGGGAUUGGAACCCUCGAUGUGUGACGACUGGCAAAGCAACUACUUUCGUCCCGGGCAACAGCUGGCCACUUCCACAACAAGAAUCCAUGAUGUCCAUCGCUCUACUCGAAACCAAGUCAUGUUGGAAUUGUGUAAUUGGGAGCCGUGGUGCCAAUUGCAACCCUUGUAUGUUAUUAGAAACAAAGUCUUAGCCUCAAGCACCAGCUGAUCUGUGAUGGACAUCCACACAUUUUUAAAAAGGGGUAUGAUGUUAUUGCCCUUAAGAGUAUUCUCUCAAAUGCCAUAUUUCGCCACAUAAAAUGCCUUUAAAUAUUAGAGCUAAGCCGGCACAGAACAGGCUAUCUGCUGCCUCAAAGAGCAGCGGGCACACAGAUGGCAAUGCAUCUCAUUCACAGUGUUCAAGGUCCCCAAAACAGGGGAAAGGUAAAAAAACAAAGGUGAGCUCUACCCCAGGUUGCCGCUCAGGGCUAGAACCUGGCUCAGUGUCGGGGGGACUGUCUGCACCAGUAUCAAAAAUACCUGAGGCUCAAGGAUCGGUGUCAAGGGCCAGUCCAAAUAAGUUAGUUGUAGCAACGGAUAAAAGAAAGACCCCUGGUUUAGCAGCCUCGCCGAGGGGUAAAACCAUGUCAAUGGAAAACAUCCAGUCUUUAAAUGCUGCUUAUGGCACUUCAGGCGAAAUGUACCCUAGUGAACGAGAGACUUUGGGAACCCCUGCCAGUUACCCUGUCGGCACCAUGACUGUGGGCAGGAGCAUCAGCCACUCUUCCAACAGAGGCCAAGCAACUUGUACGGGCAGCAGUCCGACUAUUAACUCAACAGAGGUAAAUCACCUGUCUAACCACUAUGGAGACCAAACCUUUGGACCCGCAAGGACUUCCACUCUACAGAGGCAACUGUCUGGGACCCAUGCACUGACACAGGAUAUAGUUGGUCAUGGAGAGGCCCCUUUUGAUUUACAAGUUCAGCUAAAGGAGCUGCAGAGGGAAAAUAACAACUUGAGAAGAGAACUGGAUGGCGGAAAAAACGGUAGGAUAGGCCACAGUAUUAACAAUGUCAAUUUCUGGAGUCCGGAUGUCAAGCGAGACAAAGGCAUUAGACGGGAACAGGGAGCAAGAACUUCUGCCCUGAAGGACCACUAUAGGAUGGAUCAAAAUGCUAUUCAGCUUCCUUUAACAGUUCAAGAGCUCCAGGAUGAGCUAAGGGCCCACAGGGAGAUGAACAGCCGCUUACAGCAACAGCAUCAGCAAGGGACGUCUGGCUCGUGUCGUGAUAUUCGCAUGGACCAGGACCACAGAGGGGGACUUAGCCCUGGUCACACCCCCAAGAGAAGCCCCAGCAAUCAUCACAGUCCGGGACCAAAGAACAGCCCAAGAGCGAGUCCAUCCAACACAUACAAUCCAAGGCAGAAAGAAGCUGACAUCAUCAUUCACAGCCCUGGGUAUGGCUCUAACAGCCCGAUAGCCACACAAAGAGUCAGCCCAGCUAACACCCUUAAGCCUGGUCCAAUGCACAGCCCAAAUCCAGUGGCAGUACCCAGCCCAAGUAUGGUUCCACACUGCGGCACUUGCCAGGUGCCAGGGUGUGAUGGAUUCAUUUCGUCCCCACAGGAUUCAUCACAAGAGAAUUUCCUCUACCUGCAGUCGGAGCAUGAGCGGCAGGCCAAUGAGCUUUUCUUGCUGAAAAAAACCAUGGAAGAGAUGGAGAUGAGAAUUGAUUCUCAGAAGCAAACGCUGGGUGCUCGAGACGAGAGCAUCCAGAGGCUCCUGGAGAUGCUUCAGAGUCAGGGCCAAGUUCAGAGACAGCGGGGUCGGGGACAGAGAACAAGCAUCUUAGCUAUGGCAGCACAGGAGGCUGAAGCCCAGUUGGAAAACAUGCAUGUGAGAGAGGACACCAAGAUCUCUUCAUUGGAGCGGAAUAUCAGAGACUUAGAAGAUGAAGUCCAGAUGUUAAAGACCAGCAGCCUGCUCCAUCCUGAUGACAGGCAGGAUGAGCUCAAGCAGGUGGAGGUCUACAAGAGCCAUUCUAAAUUCAUGAAGUCCAAGAUAGAACAGCUGAAGCUCGAGCUCAACAAGAAGGAGUCCGAGAUGCAAGCCUUGCAGACCAAAUUGGAAACACUAACCAAUCAGAACUCAGACUGCAAGCAACACAUUGAAGUGCUAAAGGAGUCACUCAAUGCUAAGGAGCAACGUGCAAAUACUCUGCAGACAGAGGUAGACAAACAGCUCUGA